AUGGCAGCCAUUGAAUCAAACCCAAAGAUCUCUUUGCAUAUGCGCUCUAGUAGUUUUCCCACAGGACCUCACCCGCUUGUAUCACAAUUUGAGGAGCACCUAAACAGAUUGAAGUCUUCUGAUUCAGCCUCUUCUUCAUCUUCUUUAAGCCACAGACUCAGUGGCUUGCAGGAUUUGCAGGACAGCACUAAUGAGCUGCUUCAAUUGUCCACCACCCAACAAGUCUUCGCCCAAGCUUGUAGCCAAAAGUGGGUUGAUGAACUACUAGAUGGGUCUUUAAGACUCUUGGAUAUCUGUAGUACUGCUAAAGAUUGUCUUUUGCAAUCCAAGGAGUCCGUAUGUGAAGUUCAGUCAGCCAUUAGAAGAAAAGGAGCUGAAGCUGCAUUCACAGCUGGGGGUGGAAACUAUUUGGCUUCAAGGAAGAAUGUGAAGAAAGCGAUUCGAAAGGCCUUAGGAAAUAUCAAAGGAAUAAGAAAUGACCUCAUAGUUUCUUCUGCAAACAAAGAGAAUGACAUGUUUAGCAUGUUGAAAGAAGCAGAAGCAGUCAAUGGGAGCACAUUAGAGUCUUUAUUGUACUUCAUCUCUGAUCCAAAGGGACAAUUAAAACAAAGCAGAUGGUCUGCAAUUUCCAAGUUGAUGAAGCCAAAAAGAGUAUCUUGUGAUUCUCAAGAAAUUGGCACAAAUGAAUUUGAGAAGGUAGAUGCAGCUUUGAAGUCUCUCACCAGUCAAAAACAUGCAUCCGUAGACAAUUUUCAAAGCGAUUUAGAAAAUCUGGAGAUGUGCAUUCAAGAUCUUGAAAUAGCAGUCGAAUGCCUUUCAAGGAAACUUAUCAGAACCAGAGUUUCCCUUCUCAACAUCUUCAACAACUAG